GGUGUCAGUCUGGAGACUGGAAGAAAGCUACUAGUACUGUAGGUUGAAGUUGUAAUUUUAAAGCUUUGUUUUUAAUUUAUGUAUACCACAAAAUAUAAAUAGUAUUCUUCAAUUACGUAAUAACACAUUAAGUUCAGCGCACACAUUUUGCUAUCGUUCAUCAUUUCUCGGGAUUCGAAAUCUCAGUAGAAACUUUGCAAAGGGAGAGAGGAGCCCCAAGCCCCAGGGAGACGGCCUGGCCUGCAGGGGCAGGGAGAUGGGCUCAGAGGAGAGGAGUUCAGCCAUGUCUCACAAGAUCUCUUCCCCCUCACACAGCAACACCAGCUCCUCCUCCAAACACGACAGCCGACAGGACAGCUGGGAGAUUGUAGAGGGGUUGCGUGGAGGACACAGUAAUGUCCAGGAGCCCCAGAAGCAGGAUGGGUUCAUGCUGAAGAGGAGAAAGUGGCCGAUGAAGGGAUGGCACAAGAGAUACUUCUACUUGGACAAGGGCAUCCUGAAGUAUGCCAAAUGUAGUGCUGACAUUGAGAAGGGGAAGCUACAUGGCUGCAUUGAUGUGGGUCUCUCUGUCAUGGCCAUUAAGAAGACAGCCCAGUGCAUCGAUCUGGAUGCAGAGGAAAACAUCUAUCACCUGAAGAUCAAGUCUCAGGAGCUGUUUGAUGAAUGGGUGUCUAAGCUACGCUACCAUCGGCUCUACCGUCAGAAUGAAAUUGCCAUGUACCCCCAGGAGAAGGCUUACUACUACCCCCACUUCCCCCCUCCGGGGUCCCCCAGUAUGGCUGAGAGAACGCGGAGUGUGUCUCUAGCCAGGCAGGCUUCGGUCCAUGCUGCAGGCAGCUUCCCUGUGACCUCUACCAGCCAAGCCAAGGUGGCUGCCUGGCUGCAGUCCUCAGGCGACAUGGACAAGUGCUCUAAAGAUGUGUCAGUGUGUGAGUCCUACCUGUUGGAGCUGAACCAUCUGCUACAGAGUAUGGAGGUCAUCCACCGCACCUACUCAGCUCCAACCAUCAACGCACUACUACAGGCUUCUACAUUUGACACCCCCAAAAAGGAAAAAAGGCCCCCAAGAAAAUGGCGUGGUUCUAAAAACUACAGCACAGAUGCCAAAACAACACUGCAGAUUCCCAGCUGCAUCUCUUCUGGCUCCGUCCGUCUCCACGCCUCCAACCCCAACCUCUCCGCUGCAGCCCUGGGGAAUGCGAAGGCCUACCCUGAACCUCCCUAUAUGGACUCUCCUAUAGACGUAGCCAAACUACAGGAGGACUUCUGCCGCGUCGCUAACAACCUGCAUGCCACCAUGAAGUCAGCCCUGAGCUCUCUCACCUCUGAGAAGGAGAGGUUAAAACAGGUGCUGGACCACCAAGACACAUGCCCCCCUACCUCCCCUGGGAUUAUGGGUCUGAAGAACGCUCUGUCCUCGGCUAUAGCCCAGAACUCUGAACUGAGAGAGCGGCUGAGCAACAUUCACGCUGAGUCCCGCUGCGUCCCAGAACCCUCCACUGGGCUCAUAAACCUCUCUGGCCCCCUACAGAAGCAAGACUCCACAGAUGGAUCCCACCCCCUAGUUCACCAGGCGUCCAAUGAGAGCAGAGCGUCCAUCACAGAGUCUCUGUCGGAGUUCUUCGAUGCUCAGGAGGUUCUACUGUCCGCCAGCUCCUCGGAAAACGAGGCCUCUGAUGAUGACUCAUACAUCAGUGACAACGUGAGCGACAACAUCUCCAUGGACAACUUCAGCAACGAGACGGAGAGACCUAACUCGGGCUGUGAAGAGAACGGGACCCUUCUGAGAAGACGCAGGUCGUGUCUCCCGUCAGCCAGCCCUAACACCAGUAACAUCAGUCUAUGGAACAUCCUUAAGAACAACAUAGGGAAAGACCUCUCCAAGGUGGCUAUGCCUGUUCAGCUGAACGAGCCCCUCAACACCCUGCAGAGACUGUGUGAGGAGCUGGAGUACAGCGAGCUGCUGGACAAAGCUGCUAACACACAGGACCCCUUUGAACGCAUGGUGUACAUAGCCACAUUUGCAGUUUCGGGGUACGCGUCCAGCUACCACCGAGCGGGAGGAAAGCCCUUCAACCCAGUCCUGGGGGAGACCUACGAGUGUGACCGCCCCGAAAAGGGCCUCCGAUUUGUAGCAGAACAGGUCAGCCAUCACCCACCUAUAUCAGUAUGUCAUGCUGACUCUAAAAACUACAUAUUCUGGCAAGACAUGAGGUGGAAAAACAAGUUCUGGGGGAAGUCUAUGGAGAUAGUUCCUGUUGGCACCACCCAUGUGAUUCUGCCAGGGUUUGGUGACCACUAUGAGUGGAACAAGGUAACAUCCUGCAUCCACAACAUCCUGAGUGGCCAGCGCUGGAUAGAACACUACGGAGAGAUCUCCAUCAGGAACACCAGCAGUGAUAUCUGCCAGUGUAAGGUCACCUUCAUUAAGGCCAAGUACUGGAACUCAAGUGUGAAUGAGGUGGAAGGCACCAUCACAGACCACAAGGGGAAGGUCAUCCACAGACUGUUUGGGAAGUGGAACGGGGUGUACUGUGGAGACCCACCCUCCGCCACCUGCAUCUGGAGAGCAAAUGCCAUGCCGGCUGACCACGAGCAGUACUACGGCUUCACUAAGUUUGCUAUGGAGCUCAAUGAACUGGACCCUUCACUGAAACUACUGCUGCCUCCCACAGACACCCGGCUACGGCUCGACCAGAGGCUGCUAGAGGAGGGCAACGUAGAGGCAGCAGAGGAACAGAAACAGAAGGUAGAACAGCAGCAGAGAGACAGACGCAGAGUCCUGGAUGAAAACAGCAUGACACAUGAACCCAGAUUCUUCAGGAAAUCAAAGGACGACACCUGGGUUAGCAACAACACUUACUGGGACCUGAGGAAGGAUCCAGGCUUUGCCCACCUGGACUGUCCUGUGUUGUGGUGACCUGAGGAGGGAACCAGGCUAUCCCCACCUGUACUGUCCUGUGUUGUGGAACCAGGCUAUCCCCACCUGGACUGUCCUGUGUUGUGGAACCAGGCUAUCCCCACCUGGACUGUCCUGUAUUGUGGUGACCUCAAUGUGACUUCUAUGGCCACUGGUCACACACUUUGGUCAUGUUUAAUAGGCACAGGACUGAAACAGGGAGGGACUACCUGAACUUGUCCAAUAAGAAACACUUGUGUGUUCAUAAGGCACCAAACGGAAGAAAACGGACUGAAACAGGGAGGGAACUACCUGAACUUCCAGUCCAAUAAGGAACGUUCUUUUUCGUUUUCCGUUGCAAAACAUUUUGCUACGGUGUGUGCUUAUGAACACGACCCUGUUUGGACCUUUAUGUCUCUACUGUGACCCAGGCUGGCUCUGGGGGCUGGAGGCCUGCUGCUCUGUCCGUCUCAUCGGUUACGCCUCAAAUGGCACCCUAUUCCCUACAUAGUGCACUACUAUUGACCAGAGCCCUAUGGGCCCAAGUAGUGCAUCAUACUGUAAAGGGAAUAGUGUGCCAUUUGGGACGUAGACUCCGACUUGCACAUGCCCAUCUACUAGCCAUCAUUCCCCCCAACGCUUGUUGCUGGUUUAUCAUUUAUUGUGGUUUUCAUUUUUUCAUUUGAGAGUUUAUCCAGUUUAUUGCCUUAAUAGACAAUGUUUAUCCGAGUAGUGUGUUAAUUUGGAGUCUUUUUAUGCAAGCAUACCCUCCGAAUGUAGAGACAAUUAUGCAAAACGGUGUCCAGUUUUUUCACCUGUAGUGUCUCAUUGUGCAGAAUAGAGCACAUAAGAAAUACUGUAUACUUCAACAAGGUACUAAAUAAUGAAUUACUACGCUUGUUGGUUCUGCAAAGAGUGUAAAAUAAUCCAACCCUUUUUGUAUUGCUUAGCUAGUAGUCUACAUUAGCACAGUGGUUGACUGUACAAUACUGUCUUAACACCUUCAGUUUUCUACCUCUGAUAUGAGAUUCCAUGGUACUUGUAACACCAUUGAGAAGGUGUACAUGUCAAAUAUUUAUUCUGCACCUGUCUAAUGCCUUACUGGGUGAACUAUAUUGCGUUUUAAUCUAAUUUCUCAGUUUAAAAACAAACAGAUGUUUUAGAAGUGCACGUGUUUGUGUGAGGAGGAAUCCUUUAAAGAAUGAAGUAUGUAUAUGAAGAGUUUCAUUCCAAAAUGCUAUAUAUCCAUUUUUAGAAAUGUUGGUAAAUCAGCUUUUAUUGUUUAAAGGU